AUGUUUCUCACCUUUAGAUCUUCAGAGGGAAACGACGAGCAAUCCCGUAAUUCCAAAGAAGCCAAACAGAAUGAGCGCACUAGCCGACAAAAGUCUACAGCACAUGCCUGUGCUUCAUGCCGUCGUCGUAAAAUCAAAUGCAACGGCGAAAGGCCCUGUGAGGCUUGUCAAUGGUAUAAGACACCUGAGAUGUGUCUCUAUCCUGAACGACGCCCGUCGCAUAGUCACUCGGAGAAAUCUAUGACAGCCACCCCAAACUACCGAGGCACGCUGGAAAUGCUCUUUCCAAGCACUGACUUAGAAGACCUCGUUCACUUAUCAAGAGAGCAGCUUCUAGAGUUGGUCACCUCGGUUGAACCCCAAUAUUCUCAACAUCAGCAUAUACCGUCCGUGGAAACCCAUGCCUCGGCGGUUUCGCAGGAACGGCCCGGACUGGAGUCAUUGCAUUCAAUGCCAGAACGGCAAUUGGAUGAAAAUAAUUCUACGAGCACCUCGGUCUCCAUCGAACAUAUAUCAGACGACGUUAAUGCACUCUCUCAUUCGGCUCUACGUCCCACCUCCUACUUGGGGGUGUCGUCCAUACAGGCCGCGUUUAAAGUCAUUGCGUUGCUCCAUCCGGAGUUUGAGUCAGAAUUUGCUCUUCCUACGUCUAAAGGAGAAAGCCACCGGCCUUCCGGCUCAUCAUUUCAGUCACCACCAUCACAGUCUUUCCUACCGUCCACAGAAACGCAAAUUCUGGACGCAUACUUUGUCAAUUUCCAGCCAUUUUCGCCGCUUUUGGAUGAAGCAGAUUUCCGUAGGAACCACUCUGCUGGUCUGCGGAAGGACGACAAAUGGCUGGCAUUGCUUAACAUUGUUCUUGCGUUGGGCACCAUCGCAAUCGCGGGCGCUGACGUUCACACCCACAGACCUUAUUUUGAGCGUUCAAUGAGUCACUUGAACCUCAGUUCGCUGGGAAAUCCCACUUUAGAAGUUGUCCAGGCCUUAGGGCUCAUAGGUGGUUGGUACUGUCAUUAUAUCAGCCAGCCGAAUCUGGGAUAUUCUCUAAUGGGUGCUGCGCUGCGAAUGGCGGUUACAUUGGGCCUACACCGUGAACCAUACAAUUAUAAGGCGCCAGAUCCUGCAUGGGUCGCCCACCAGGAACAUAAGCGUCGCAUCUGGUGGUCGCUUUCCUGUCUAGAGAUCUGGGGCCAUGAGACUCUUGGCCGGCUAAGCAUUGAUUGUUUUGGGCCAAGCACUACAGAAAGCUAUUUGAAAAUUCUUCCAUUGAUAGAAAACAUCCGAUUUGUGAAGAUCGCCGCAAAGAUACAGGAUUCUCUCGCAGCUCUUCCAACCUUAGCGCACACGGAUAUGUUCCACAUGGACUCGCAACUACUUCACUGGUGGGAGAAUCUACCGCCAGUCCUAAAGGACUACGAGCCUUGUCCAGGCUCGCUGUACACGGUGCGAACUGUUAUGCGCUGGCGAUUUUACAAUCAACGCAUCCUACUUUAUCGACCCGCUCUCCUAAGCUUUGCGAUGCGGCAGGUUCCAUUUAUAGCUCUUCAAGCCGAGGAAUGCAGUGCUAUCCGGAAAUGCUGCGAGAUCGCUGAGAUGUCUAUCCAGGACAUUUCAUCUACGACCGGCCUAAACCAAGUUGUUGGUUGGAAUGCUGUCUGGUUACUAUUUCAGGCCACCAUGGUCCCAUUAAUUUGUUUAUCUGCUGGCUCUGCAGACGGCGAUUGCUUUGUUUCUUUUGAUGCUUGCAAAACACAGGUCGAAACAGCCUUACUAACUUUUGAUCGUAUGCGGCCCUACGGACUCACUGCCGGACGUUCUCGCGAGGUUGUUUCUCGCCUUCUCGAAGCCAAUUUGCGUGAUCCCCCGAUGGGCCCUACUAGCGGAGGGUUCGGUUCGCAGAAUCUACCACUGGGGAACACUUCGGAGAGCUACCAGCAAAUGGCUCAAGACAUGGUAUUAGAUCAGAAUGCCAGCUCCUUCGAAGAUUAUUGGUCCCAUUACAUGUGGCAGUAUCUGAAUUUGCCUACGCCCAACGGAGUGUGGCCAGGAAUCCCCAAUAUGGACUCUGAUAAUGACAUGAUUUCCCUUUUAGAUCCUGCUGGGGAAAGCGUAUAA